AUGGAUGGAUGGAUGGAUGACGCUAGACUCCUUCUGCUGGUGUUGACAAGCGCUAGACUCCUUCUGCUGGUGUUGAGAAGCGCUACACUCCUUCUGCUGGUGUUGACAAGCGCUACACUCCUUCUGCUGGUGUUGAGAAGCGCUAGACUCCUUCUGCUGGUGUUGAGAAGCGCUAGACUCCUUCUGCUGGUGUUGAGAAGCGCUAGACUCCUUCUGCUGGUGUUGAGAAGCGCUAGACUCCUUCUGCUGGUGUUGACAAGCGCUAGACUCCUUCUGCUGGUGUUGAGAAGCGCUAGACUCCUUCUGCUGGUGUUGAGAAGCGCUAGACUCCUUCUGCUGGUGUUGAGAAGCGCUAGACUCCUUCUGCUGGUGUUGAGAAGCGCUAGACUCCUUCUGCUGGUGUUGAGAAGGGCUAGGCUCCUUCUGCUGGUGUUGAAAAGCACUACCCUCCUACUGAUCUAA